CUUUUGGAGCGCGAUAUGUCUGACAUACAUUUUCUGUAAUGAUAUCGGACCGAAAAUCUAGAGUGUCAAUGAGAUAUGACGUAGAAAAACUGACCCUUCCCGUGUAUUCUGCAGAGGGACAGGAAAUAAAAGAUGGAAGAGAAAUACAGAAUUAACAAACCUAAAUUUCUGUCGGUGUUGAAGAAUCAGAUAUUAGAACAUGAAGUAAACAAGAAGAGAGACUUCUGGGAGAGAGCGAAGGAGAGUGAUUUCUAUAUAGAUAUAGACAGGAAUGAUGUGGAUAAGGAAAGACAGUCCCGGAUAAAUAAACGAAUCUAUCUACAACAAUUCAGGGACGCCAAUAAAGAACUGAUGGAAAAGAAAUGGAUGAAAGAGAAGAACGAAAAAUAUUUAGAUGAUAGAAUGGACAGAGAAAGAUUAAAACUGGAACCUAUUAACUGGACAAGGACGUUACACUGAAACGGACC